GUUAUGUGCAAACGCACCGUGUCGCUGUUCCCUAAUAAAUCCCUCCAGAUUUGAGUUCUGGGGAAGCCAUGCCAGUUCGGCAUUGUUUGAGAGCGCCGCAGUGUCCGCUAGGAUAGCUUACCGUGCGCGAUGCCUUACAAAUAUUUACUUUUUCCGACCGUGCAUUAACCUGUCUGCUGCGACGGGUUAGAUCAGGAUUACCUUUGAGUGGCUGGACAUAAUUUAGUGCCACAAUGGUCUGCGGUAUGACUCUGCAGCGCCCGGAGAGGUAUGUCUCGCUCCUCUUUGUGUUCUGCCGGCUGUGGAGCGGCGCGUUGUCCGUGACUCGCUACUCUAUCCCCGAGGAAAUGGAGCAGGGCUCUGUGGUAGCGAAUCUGGCCACGGAUCUGGGGUUUGAUGUCAGGGAUCUGUCCCUGCGCGAUGUAAAACUCGAUAUUAUUCAUAGUAAAAAAUACCUAGAGAUCAACAAAGAAACUGGAGAGCUCUAUAUCUUAGAGAAGAUAGACAGAGAAUAUUUAUGUCCGAUGAAAAUGGAAGUCUACGCUCCGUGUCUGCUUAAAUUGGAUAUUAUAUUUAGAAACCCCUUGAGAAUAUUUAACGUUGAGCUGGAAAUCACUGAUAUAAAUGACAACGCGCCUCACUUUCGAAGGGAUAGAAUGGAACUCGAUAUUUCUGAAUCUGCUUCACCCGGAGAGAAAUUGUCUUUAACCAAUGCAGUGGACCCUGACGUGCGCACGAACUCAAUGAAAACAUACUACCUCAGCGAAAACGAGCAUUUUUCAGUUGAGAUUCAGAGUGGAAGCGACGGAGCUAAAUAUGCGGGUUUAGUUUUGAAAAGGGCUUUGGACAGGGAGGAACAGGCGGUACAUAAUCUAAUACUCACCGCUGUAGACGGCGGAGUCCCGGCGCGGUCCGGAACUGCUAACAUCAUUGUGCGCGUACUGGACACGAAUGACAAUGCCCCUCAGUUUGACCGGCAGGUUUAUUCCGUUAAUAUUACAGAGAAUUCUCCGCUAGGGACACUUGUACUGAAGCUGAACGCUACAGACUUAGAUGAGGGCUCAAGCGCGGAGAUCGAAUAUUCAUUCAUCCUGUACACAUCUGAGAAGACGCAGGAAGUGUUUUCUCUGAAUCAAAACACAGGAGAAAUAAAAGUCAAAGGUGUCAUUGAUUUUGAGGAAACCAAAAUGUAUGAAAUGUACAUUCAAGCUAAAGACAAAGGCCCUAACACUCUGUCGGGAGAGUGUAAAGUGUUAUUAUUUGUCACGGACGUGAAUGACAACUAUCCUGAAAUCACGAUAAACUCUAUCAAGAGCACGAUAAAAGAGAAUGUUGCCAUGGGAACAGUGAUAGCAGUAAUCAGCACUAGCGAUAGAGACUCCGGAGACAACGGCCACGUGGAUCUUUUAAUUAACCAACGGUUACCUUUCGCUCUGAACAAGUCUUUGGAUGGAUAUUUCGUACUUGUAGUUUCAGAACCCUUAGACCGUGAAAAGGUCUCCGAGUAUGACAUCACGUUCACAGUAACGGACAGAGGCGCGCCCCCUCUGUAUGAUAAUGAGACGUUCACGCUGCAGCUGCUGGAUGUGAAUGACAACGCGCCUCUGUUCCCUAAGUCCUUCUACAGCAUCCCCGUGAUGGAGAACAACACGCCCGGCUCCCUGCUCAGCUCCAUCACCGCCUUCGACCCAGACCUGCAUGAGAACCAGUACCUGGUUUACUUCAUCGUAGAGAAGGAGAUACUCAACACGUCAAUGUCCAUGCUGUUCUCCAUUAACCCAGAGGACGGGAAUCUUUACGCACUGAAGACGUUUGACUAUGAGAGAGAGAAGGAGUUCCUGUUCCACAUCGAGGCCAGGGACUCGGGGGCCCCGGCCCUCAGCAGUGAUGUCACUGUGCACAUCGUCAUCCUGGAUCAGAACGACAACACGCCACGCAUUGUGUCUCCCUGGCGCGCGCAGGGCUCUGUGGUGGAGGAAGCCAUCCCCAGAUCCACGGAUAAAGGACACCUGGUCGCCAAGGUGAUCGCCAUUGAUGCAGACUCUGUGCAGAACUCCCGCAUCACGUACCAGUUUCUACAGGUUCCUGACGCCACUCUAUUCAGUCUGGACCAGUACAACGGGGAGAUCCGGACCAUGAGGAUGUUCAGCUACAGAGACCCGCGUCACCUGAGGCUGGUUGUUGUCGCCAAGGACAACGGAGAUCCGGCUCUUUCUGCCACAGUCACCAUCAAAUUAUCGACGGUGGAGCGCGUCAUUAAAGCGCUUUCUGAAACCACGGAACUCCCUCUGGACCCGGACAUAUUCUCAGACUUAAACCUGUAUCUGGUGAUGGGGCUGGGCUCGGUGUCCUUCCUGUUAUUGAUCACUAUACUGGUGAUCAUCGUGCUGAAGUGUCAGAAAGCCCAGCCCGCCGGGCCCACGCCUCCGUGCAGAAACAGCGUCAGCAGCCAGAGGAGCUCCACCACAGCGGACUCCACGCUGGUCUCCAGCGAUGCCUACUGGUACAGCUUGUUUUUAGCCCAGACGCGCAAAGGAAAGGUGGUGGUCAGGCAGCCUGUGCCCAAGGGGCCUGGGUACAUGGUCUCUAGUUUACCCAGAGGCACGGCCCUGACCGAGACCAGCCAGUCCAGAGCCUCCACUCUACAGUACUCAAAAUGAGGCUCCCUUCAGCCUGCUUGAGGACUUGCAGAAGUGGUGUCUGAUGAUGUCAUCUGCUUCUCACUGGAGCUUCAUUAGGAAGAUUCAGUCUUUCAGACUCACUGUUAUUGUGAUCAGAGGGGAGAACACUCUUAGUAACCUGACAGGAAACACAACACUCAAAAUAUCCAUGAGCCACGCCCAUGGGACAAUAACCACCCCCACUGGAGAAAGGCCACACCCACUGGAGAAAGGCCACACCUACUGGAGAAAGGCCACACCCACUGGAGAAAGGCCACACCUACUGGAGAAAGGCCACACCUACUGGAGAAAGGCCACACCUACUGGAUGAACUUGCACUGCUGUUUAGAGUGAGACAGAGAGGAACCAUCUAAUUCCCUUCAUUUCAAACAACUAAGAACUGUUUAAAAAAGGUUAUAUAACUGUCCUGGCAUUUGAUGGUUUUUUAAUGUUUUGCGAUGAUGUCAUAACUGGCUCUGUGCAGUGGAAGGUCAGGUUACUGUAAUACUGUAAUACUGUAAUACCGUAAAUGAAGAACAGGUGUACUGAG